GUGACAUGCGAUCAACGGGCCGAGCUCUACUGGCCAGGGAAUGGCUGCUAUCCGGGUCCCGAAGAGAAUAGUCGACUCCCGAAUUCGAUCAUGUUCAGGGAGCAGUUUAAGAGGUACUUACUCAUGCUCGUUUCCGUGUCUGCCCAACCCUCGGCCACCACGUCUGCAAAACGGCUGCCGAUCAAUUCCGUGUGCUACCUGCUGGCCGAGCAUGACGUCGAACAUCCAUGUACCUGCACGUCCAAGAGCGCCCCGUCGAUUAUGAUGUCCGGAGGAGUACUACAAGUUGUGGCGGCCAGCUACAGCGGCGAAUGCGGCAAGGAGCAGCAUCGUUUGAGGGUGUCGGCUCGCUGGAGCUUCGUCGUCCAAAGGGUUAAAGCCCGUUUGCUGGGAAUGACGAGCAAUGAAGCGGAUUGGGGCAUCGCAUUCCGUGAGGAUAUCACCCAGAAGGAUGGCAGCAUGGCCAUCGUCACAUAUGUCUGCGAGCGAGACGCUGUCUUCUGCUCGGAGGGUGCCGACGGUACCUCACCUUGGACGGCGACCGCCCCAGGACCGCUCGGCGACAAAAUGGGAUGCUGGAAGAAUGUGAAGAAGCCGACGCCGUACUCGUCCGGAAUUUGUGAAAACCUGGACGACGCGGCGACGACAGGGCUCUGGCCGCAGUUGCUUACCCGGUACGAACCAGACUUCAUUUUCAUGCUUCUUUCCAAGGACAUCGUCUGCAGUAUCACAGCCCGCCCGUGGCACCCCGAGCAUAAGUGCAGUGCGAUGCAGUUUGAGCCCCGGCGGACGAACGAUCAAAUCGCCUUCUACGAGAAUGUGCUCGACACCGAUGGGUACGGCUGGACACGCAUCGCCUACGCAUGCGGCCCGCUGCAUUCGUUCUGCGGCGGCCCGAAGACGCCGCCAGAAAUUGAACCCGGCUGCUGGGCGGGGGUGGCGCGGCCGUACUCGUCGGCUGAAUGCAGUUACUACGGGAUGAUAUCGUCUAUGAAGGCCCCGAUGAGCAUCAGCCUGAAGAUGUUGUUGGAGUAUUACGACAAGGAGGUCAGUGAUCUUGGAGUACUGGGAAAGUUGGCCCUGGGUGAGCAGCGUGUCUUCACCAGGCCUGCGAAUUUCACGUACCCGGAGCUGUGGACGACGACCACGACGACAACUACGCCAACGACGACGACCCCCUCGACCCCCUCGACCCCUAGCUGGUCUCGUCCCGAGUACAUCGGCCCGCCCACCUAUCCGCCAGUCGUUUACCCCGUUCAUGAUGACUGCGACCAUGUUGAUGAUGAUGAGAGUCCUGUCGGGACCCUGAUCGCCAUCUGCGUCGGCUUGUUGCUGUGCUGCUGCGCGAUCUUCUGCAUCUGCAAGUGCUGCUGGGACAUCACCUGUGACGUAACCUCCAAACCCUGGCACCCAGACCACGGUGGAUGCGUCGAGGUGAAGCGGGAGAUAGGCAUCGAAGACUGGGGCAUCGCCUUCCACGAGAACGUCACCAACAAGGAUGGCGGGUGGACAUACGUCACCUACGCUUGCCGUGAAUCGCCGUACCCGGAUGCGGUGAUCUUUUGUGGUGGGCCUCCGGCGCCGCCGUGGCGAGCCGUCCCGAAGACGCCCGGCUGCUGGUCGAGGACGUUGAGGGAUGACCCUCAACAUUCCGCUCUGAAAAUCCUGCUUGCCGCCGGCGAUAGUGACCGUCGCUGUCUCCACUUUACAAAACUCAUCGACCGGGGCAGUCGACCGGAAUUCGUCUUUAUGGUAAUGGAACUCGUCGGUAAGUCGGUGAAGGACGUGCAGCGUGAGCGUCGCGGCAAGGUGUUCACCAUCUCCACGGCCUGCCAAGUCGCCGAGCAGACGCUUGAAGCCCUCGAAGACAUGCAUGCACUCGGAUAUAUCCAUCGCGACAUCAAGCCGUCCAACCUGACCAUCGGCGUCGGCGCCAAGCGCAACAUUGUCUACCUGCUCGACUUUGGCAUCUCGAGGAAGAUUCGGAAUGAGGAUGGAGAGAUUAAGUUGCCCCGCUGGAAGUGCACGUUUAAAGGGACGGUGAAGUACGCGUCGCUGGCGUGCCACACGCUGCGCGAGCAGAGCGGCAAGGACGACCUGGAGUGCUGGGUGUAUUUGUUUGCCGAAUUUGUGCAUCCUGGAGGUCUCCCGUGGCGCAACAUGGACAACACUAAGGAGGUGUAUCGCGAGAAGCGGAAGGCCCACGAACGCCCCCGCGACCUGUUCACCGGAUUUUCCAGGCCUGAGUACAUGGUGGCCGUGCUGGAGUACAUCGACGAGUUGAGCUACGUGCAGCAGAUUGACUACGGUCAAGACCGCUCAUCGGAGGAGGAGCGCCACUCUUCUGCGGUUGCUGUGUCGGCAGCGGGCGGCGUCGUGGCGACGCGGACCACGACGCAGGGGAGCAGCCGCGUCGCGGGUCCUCCGAGCAGCAGCGGCGGAUCAUCGGGCCGUCAACACCAGCCGGGACAGCAGCAGCCACAGCGCCCGCCGAGGAGGAGGAGCAGCAGCAGCCGGGGAAUGACUCGAUCGUCCACCCUCCACGCCAUUAGCCGGGACCGCCACCGCUGCACGCGCAAGCUCGUCGAUUCGGAU